UCAAUCUAAGCGUAAUUCUGCCAAAGGAGGCGGAAUGAGCAGAAAUUGGGAUAAAGAUGGACUGGAAAUGCGUAGCCUGCGGGAUGGUGGAUUUAGUGGUAAAGGGAUCGAAGUGCACAACAAUGGUGGAUAUAGGGGCGAAGAUGAAUAUCAUCAAGGAAGUUGAUGCACUCAAGUUUGGGUUGGAGAUAAACCGCUCGGAUUGUGACAUUCUGCACGGGGCCAACUGCAAGGCAGUAUUUUGCAGAACGGCGUCAAACGUGCUUAUUGAGAUUGUGAGAGUGAAGGUCAGGGCUUGCUUCUUCGUCAUGCCGGAUGUGGACCAUGCCAUCCUCCUAGCGAGGUCGUUCCUAUGCAGAACAGAGAUGUUGAUAUUUAAUAAACACGAUGGGACUCUGAUCUUGAUCCUGUGUGAUCCGGCGUGUGGAAACUAUGAGAUACUUACUUGUCGAAACACAGGCUCACGAAGUAUAAGGAAUCGGCCCAACCCUAGUUCAUUCACGAUUGGAGAUUCCGACAACGAGCGUCAGAGACUCCGUGAGGAACCAGAAGAGGAGGCACGGGAGGAGGAGUUUUCCCUUAACCUAUCCGAUGUAAACAAGGCCAUGGAUGUAGUGGUCAUGCAUGAGAUGGCGGAUCCAGACGCCAUUYAGGCACUGAGGGAACAGGUUCUGGAAUGUCCCCAGCCUGGGGAAGUAGAGCUGGUUUAUCGGCUUCCGGGCAGAAGAAGAGACCCUGCAAUGAUGCAGGCGCAAGCGGACUUGCAGCGGUUGAAAGCAGUGACCGUGCGAGAUGCGGGGGGCUUGCCAAAUGCCGAUGCGCUGUCAGAGUCAUGUGCUGGGAGACCUAUAAUUUCCCUUAUAGACCUCUACUCCAGAUAUGACCAGUUUCCUGUUUAUCCGCCAGACAGACCAAUGACAACAAUGCAUACGGCUCGAGGACUGAUCCACAUGAAUGUAGCUCCGCAAGGAUGGACUAAUGUGAAGGAGAGUGACGAAGUCUUGCCAGAUGUUAGACGUUUUGUUUAGAAGCAUAUUCAGGAUCUUGAUAAAAUCCUAAGUUUGCU